UAAAUAUUUUACCUUAUCCUUGUCACCUUGCAACGAUCUGAAUCGCCAUGCAUGAGUCAAGCAGACCUGUCUUUGGCUGUUUGUUAUUACAAAUCAGACGUAUGUUGUGAUGUGUUUGACAAGUUACGUCUUCCAGAACGCUGCGACACGCCCCACACCCGAGCUGUCAAUCAUCGGGAAGGACGUGUGGAACAAAAACCCAGGAAGGUUAGGUUAGGGCACAACAGUUGGCCAGCGUGGGACAAGCCCUGGUCACUGGUUUCUCGGAGGAAAUACCACUGUCAUGUCGUGCUGCUGGGUGGAUAUAAGUGUUACAAGGCUGUCGCUCUUUGUGUUUCGGAUGAGGAGAGUUUAGCCGUGGAGCAGGAAACGUGCGCCGGAGAGAGGCACCCUGUGCCAGGCGCAGAGACGCUCUCCAAGAAAUGGCUCUCACGCUCCUUCGGGUGCCACGUGGUUCUCUGCUGUCACUGCUGUACUUCUGGCUGUUCAUGUCCGCGAGAGCGCUGGAGAUGAUUGACCAAGACACACCUGAAUUGAACUGUAGCAAGGGUUUGACGGACUGCGAUGUGAGCUCAGCCCAUCUGUACACUGCUGCCCUGCCCGAUCCAGAUGAUACAGUGAAUGUUACACAUUUGCAGCUUAAAGUGAUUCUGUGCUGUUCAGCUGCACGUGAUUGUAAACCUUGCCUGCAAAUCGUCAUCACAGUCCAAGAAGUAGAUAAUGCAAAGGAGGUUUCUGAGGAUUCUGGUGAACAUAAUGAUGAAGAUGUGUUGUUUGGCACGGAUCCAAUGGCAGAGGGAAGUGGUCAGUUUGUGCUUCCUGAGCCAAGAGCUUUGGUGAAAGUGUGUCUCAGCUCCCCAGGCUCCAUAGAAUUUUGCAAGACACUCCGGUUUAAGCCAAACUACUCCGGUUUAGACCAAGCUUCUCAACAACCCACACAUAAGCUGCUGUUGACAGAGGAAGUGAAGUUUGGCAUUCCUGUUGUGGUCCACGUCCACACACAUUCAAAUGAAGCACACAACAUUCAAAAUAUCACAAUGCCAUCUUUAGAAGAAGUUUGCUCCAUGAAACUGGACGGGACUGUAAAGGAAUGUGAUGCUCCCAGACUCCGAGCUUUGACUGAUCAUAAGAGAAAUGUUGUCCUCCAACUGGAAAACACUGAUGCCAGACAAGAUGAACCCAUGUGCCAGAUGGUUUGGAAUGAAAUGCCUGGAGAAGUUCUUGCAUGGCCCAAAGGCGAGAGAGAAAUGGUAAUUUCGUCGAACUUUGUUGCACCAUGCCUGUGCUUCCAGAUGUGGUGGAAGGGACAGGCGUUCCGACGACAAUACUGCCCUUUCAAAAACCAACAAGAUGCACUAGAAAGAAUGCAGCACAACGUUUCUGUGUUUGUGGUGGAAUCUCAGAUGAGGGAUGGUGGCACGGGGCUGAGCUGGAAUGUGACUGCCCCCUGCAGACUGGAGGCAGAGGUGUGGCUGUGCAAGAAAGACCUGGCAGGAGGCCGCUGUGAAGAGGUGUUGGGCUCCAGACAGAGACUGCACAACCAUGUACACGCUGGCUGGAGAGCAACGCGCAACGGACAUUGGAAAACAGGAGAGUUCAAUGUGUCGUCACAUCCUCUGCUUUGUGUUCAGAUAAUGAUACAUGGGUUGGAGUCAUACUCAGAGCCCCAGUGUCCAUUUGCAACAUCUCGAUGGAGAUGGAGUCUGCCACUCCUCGUCGUAGUACUACUGAUGUGUUUGGCCAUACUAGGAGCCUAUUUUAUACAAGGUGUCCUAAAAGGCUAUGUGUGGAAAUGGCUGAAAGAAGAUGAUGUUAAAGGUGCUGUGGGUGGUGGUCAUGUGCUGUUGCUGUACCCACCUGAUGACAACCUGGCUUUUCCAGAGCUGAUGAGUCACCUGGGCACAUCCCUCCAAGGCCUGGGCUUCAGCGUGUCUUUAGACCUGUGGAGCCAGGCCGAGCUAAGCGUACUGGGCCCUGUGCCUUGGCUCCACUCAAGACUGAACAGACUGCAAAGGCAGGGGGGCAAAGUGGUGCUAGUCCUAACCCAGGCCGCCUGGAUAAGGGCUGAAGAAUGGGGAGCUCGGAGCUGGGACAGAAACACUCCCAGGGAGAGGAACAGAGACAUGGAGGAAGAGGAAGCGGGAAGAAGCUACACUGCCUCUUCUCCCUGUGUAGAUGUGUUUACUGCUUCAUUGAGCUGUAUUCUAGCUGACUAUUUACAGGGCCGCGCUGGAGAGCGGUUUAUGUUGGUGCAGUUUGAAUCACUUCCACCUGAGCCUCCAGGUGGUUUCCGGCCGCUGCCAGAACUUUUCCGCGGCCUUCAUGUCUACAGCCUCCCCUCCCAGAGCCUGGGUUUUCUGACUGAACUUGCUGGUUCUCGGCAAAUGGCUAAAGCAUCAGCCAGACGGAAAAGAGCAGGGGGGCUCAGGAUGGCAUCCCGAGCUCUGGCACGAGGGCUGUCGGGGUUCACAGCGGGGACAUCUGUAUUACACCUUGCAGGAGUGUCCAAGAGUUGUGUUGGGGUGGGAGGGGAAGACUCUGGGGAAACAGUGCCCUUGCAGCCAUGUCUUUUUACUCCUUCCAGCCCUGACACAAGCCCUAAGGUCAGUGAAAUAGAAUGGGUCUGACAGCAGGAGAGGGCGCUUCAGUUUUGGGAUGAGCCGCCAGUAAUGAGUUGAAGUGAUGCUCUGGGAGAUGCUCAGACAAAUCAAUAUAGGUCUGCAGCUUUUGCAUUUGCUUGUCUAAACAUCUGGGGUCUAGUGGCUGUUGAAAAGGGGGUGAAGUGUUUUAUGUUUCUGGCAGCAGAAACAGUAGUUUCUUUUUCAAAUAAAAGCUGGUUUGUUAUAGGUUGAGCUCCUGCUGCUCCAGAGAAAUAAAUGUGCACAACACUACAACUUCACACUACUUCUAAAAGUAAAUUCAAAGAAAAAUACAUCAGUUGAUACAGUUUGAUCACAAAUUGGUGAAUAUACUGUAUUUCAAAAACAGCAUGCCUUAGUAGACUACCAAAAUUACACUAAGAUGCAAAACAAGAAUCUCAAUGAAGCAAAUUGCCUCAUUGUUUUUGUCCUGACACUACAUUGUUUAUUUAAGCCGUUUUUCAGUCCAAGCCAUUGUGUGUUUGAAGUAUUUAUGAGUUGACAUUCUGCAUGCACAUGUAUUGCAUAUGAAAGCCCUUAGAGACAUGAAGAAAAAUACUAAACAAAAGUAAGCUAUUUCCCUUCUGAGUUUGCUCAUGAGUAUUAUCAAUUCCGUGUCCAGGCAUGGUGAGUCCAUUUUAUACUGUGUUUUGUCUUACCCUUUAAAGUGGGAUUGAAUAAAGAAUGUGUCUGAAUAAUGUAGA